AUGUCGAAUUUGACAAAGCUCGAGAUCGCCGCCCUGGACAUUAGUGGUAAUAACUAUUUGUCUUGGACGGUAGGUGAAAAGUUGCACCUAAAAGGAAAUGGUCUCUUGAGCACUAUCAAUAAGUCUGGAAAGACGUUCGAUGAGCAAAAGGCGAAAGCCAUGAUCUUUUUACGCCACCAUAUACAUGAUGGUUUAAAAGAUGAAUACAUCACAAAAGAAGAUCUUGCGGAUCUAUGGAACUCGGUUAAAGUUCGGUUUGAUCAUCAAAAAUAUAUGAUUUUACCGCAAGCGAGGUACGAGUGGUUGAAUCUCCGGUUCCAGGAUUAUAAAAGUGUUGCUGAGUACAAUUCCAUUAUGUACAACAUCAUUUCCAGGAUGAAAAUGUGUGGAGAGAAUAUCAGUGAAUUUGAUAUGUUGGAAAAAACUCUCUCAACUUUUCAUCCUGAAAAUAUAAUCUUUGAACAACAAUACCGGGCAAGAGAAUUCACCUCAUAUUCGGAGUUAAUGCAAAUCCUCGUUGUAGCUGAAAAAAAUAAUCAGCUUGUGAUGUUAAACCAUCAGCUUUGUCCAAUUGGAUCUGCGCCAUUCCCUGAAGCGAAUGUUGCGUCAUCCAUUCAUACUAAAAAGCCUGAACGUGAACGCAGACGUGGCAGAGGCCGUGGUCGCGAUCGCGGUCGAGGUCGUGGACGUGGAAGAGAAAAUGAUGAUAGUCGAGCGUUAAAAAGAAAAGGUGAACGCAACUGUUAUAGAUGCGGCAUGAAUAAUCACUUUGAGCAUACCUGUCGUACGCCCAAAUAUUUAGCCGAUCUGUACAAGGCAUCACAGCAAGCCAAAAAUAAGGAUACAGAGACUAACUUCAUCUCUGAUGAACCUGGUCCAUCCUUUUAUGGCUUAAGUGAUGAUUUUCAUUGGAUGUCGCCGACUAUCUCGUUGAUCCUGAAGAAUCAACUGAGCCAAAGAAAGUCAAGUCUAUGA